CUAAAGACUAUACGCAGCCUUCAAACCUAACUCAUCGCAAUGGGUGCCACUACCAAUGUCCUCAUCUCUGGCGCCAGUCGAGGUAUCGGCAAAGGGUUCCUCGAGCACUACCUCCGCCGACCACAGCACACUGUCAUCGCUGCUCUGCGUGACAUUACCAGCCCCAACGCCAAAGCACUCCUUGAACUACCAGCCGGCAAGGGCAGUAGAGUCAUCCUCGUCCAGAUCGAAGCCACCUCCACAACCGAUUCCUUCGACGCCGCAAACGAGCUCGAGGGCCCAGGCAUUACUAAGCUAGACGUCAUCAUCGCCAACGCCCGCAUUGUCGGCGACCAGGGCGUCGCGCUUCUCUUCAUGGGCCUGAAGUCUCUUCUAGAGAGGGCCGAGAACCCGAAGUGGAUGGCAAUGAGCUCGGCCGUUGCUUCAAUUGAGGACUAUCAGAAGUAUAUGUUCUUCAAGAUGUUCCCAUAUAAUGCUUCCAAGGCGGCUUUGAACCAUUUCACAAAGACAAUUCACGCGGAGUAUGAGAACAUUAUUGCGUUUGCUGUCUCUCCUGGCUUUGUCGAGACGGAGAUGGGAAAGAAUGCAGUCAAGGCUUACAGGAUGGAAAACCCUCCAUUCUCAGAUCUUGAUGAAGUGGCGAAGAAAAUUAUUGAACGGAUCGACACGGCCACCAGGGACAAUUACUCUGGACGUUUCGUCCACGCGGAUGGAACUCCGAUUCCGUGGUAA